ACGAUCAUUCUCUUCCGCGGAGCAGGCAUACGGGGCUGCGCGUCAGUACCAGAGGAUGUGCAGUCGCUUCUCCGUCGCCCCAUCCUCUUCGCGACCAGCCGCCACCUCCCAGUCUCGGGGUACCACCCGAGGCCGCUCCUCGUUUGCUGGUCAUUUUCGUCACCCGGCUCGACCUGGAGCACCAUUCUCUCGGCACUACAGUUCUCUCGAGUAUGGAGAGGACGCCUCAGCCGAACUCGAUCCUACCAUUGGCGACGCCCCCGAGGACAUCGAGCUUCGAGACGUCAUCAAGUACCACUUGGAUGACGACACUGUCCCAAUGGCCGAGCGCCUGCAGAUGGCCAUGUCUGCCAUGGGUCGUGCACGUAGUCAGGACCCUCAAGACAGGACAGACGCAGUUUUCUCCGCCCCAUCGUCUGUCGAGGUACCGUCUGCCUCCCAGCAGACCGCCGAAUCUAGCGCUUCUCCCGCGAGACUUCAGACGCGUCGCUCCAUUCGCACAGCCCGUUGUAGCGCUCAGCUGGCGACUCGCGAUGACGUUGUGUCAUCUCUCCUGGACUUGAGCAUUCUGCAGGCUCGUCAGGAGCGACUCACGAGACACGUCAACGUCCUGCGUCGUCUUCUCGCUCUGCUUUCUGACCCUGAUCGCACCCUACCCAUUAUCCCUAUUCGCCUAGGGACAUCUACAAAUGUGUACCGCGCUUUAUGGGACUCUGGCUCGCAGGGAGAUUUCGUUCACCCUCGAGUGGUUGAGGAAGCUCGCCUAGCUACCUCUGGGUCCCGCUCUCCUAUCUACGUUACCCUCGGAGAUAACAAGACACAGCGCUUCUUUGAUCAGACGGUCCCCAACCUCCACUUCUCCCUCACCCUCCAGCGACCGGAUAGUACCCAGGCGCCUCGGCGCUACCAUUCCUCCGCAUACUUCGAUGUGUUGGAGAGUGGGUACGACUUUAUCCUUGGCACUCCCUGGUCUCGCCGGUUCCGUAGCACAGAGGCCGAAUGGGCGACCGAGACACUCGUUCUCAAAACGAAGUGUGGUCAGACCCAUCGCGUCCCCUUCAUUGGAACCACGGGCGACACUCCUCCCGACCUACCUCCCCGGGACCCUCAUCCCUCAGGAUCUCAUCCCGACAUUGCCUUCACCUCCCCUCGUCAGUUUGCUCACUUCAUACGACAGGAGGACGUCACGUUCUACUCAGUGAACGUCAUGGAUCUUCUUCGCUACGAUCCACUCUGUCCCGAGGUUGAGCUCAUCUCUUUGGAGCCCGAUCCCCCUGACCCACCUUCCAUCUUCGCGGCUCCCAUCUCUACAUCCACUCGUCAGCCUGCGGAUAUCCCCUCCACGUCUGAGGCCCCUGCGCCGUCGACUGUCGAGUCCACACAUACGUCUCGUGCCGACGCAGAUGCUGAGGAACUCACACGGUUCACGACAGACUUAGAGCCAGCCGUUCACGACCUGAUUCGAGAGUACCGCGACGUCUUUCCCCCGUACUUCUCAUACAGCGGGAUUCCCCCGAUGCGCGGUGUUGAGCAUUUUAUCCAGCUCGUGUCUGACUAUCGUGUUCACCAUCAGGCACCGUACCGACUCUCGAUUCCAGAGGCGACGGAACUCAAGCCGGACGGAACUCUUCGCCUCUGCAUCGACUACCGCGGCCUUAAGCGUUACACGGUUAAGAACAGCUAUCCCAUGCCUCGCGCGGAUGAGCUGUUUGACCGUCUGGUAGGCAACCGCUUCUUCACGAAGAUCGAUCUUCGUAGCGGUUACCACUUGAUCCGCGUUGCCACAGAGGACCAGCCGAAGACCGCCUUUCGGUCGCGCUUCGGCCACUACGAGUUCACGGUGAUGCCAUUCGGCCUCACCAAUGCCCCCGCCACCUUCCAGACGGCGAUGAACGACAUCUUCAGGGACAUCCUUGAAGAAUACGUUCUCGUAUACCUGGACGACGUCUUGGUCUACAGUCGUACCUUAGAAGACCAUCUCAGACACCUCCGUGAUGUCCUACAACGCUUACGCAAGCAUGGCUUCUAUGCCAAACUCAGUAAGUGCCGCUUUGCCCAGCGCAAAGUGGACUUCCUAGGAUACCAUGUGUCUGACCAGGGUCUCCACAUGGACGACGCGAAGAUCACUGCUAUUGCAGAGUGGCCCGUCCCCACAUCUGCCAAGCAGCUUCGCAGUUUCCUAGGCCUCACCAGCUACUAUAGUAAUUUUAUCCAGGGAUACGCUAGAUAUUCCUACGUCCUUACCUCCACCCUCCUCCGGAAGAACCCGCCGUGGUUUUGGACACCCCUGUGCGAGAACGCCUUUCGCGCCCUCAAGAAGGCGGUGACUUGUGCGCCAGUUCUUCGCCUCCCUGAUUUUGAUCGUCCCUUUAUCGUCACCACCGAUGCGUCAGAUUUUGCAGUAGGAGCAGUCCUCUCUCAGGUGUUUCCCUCUCCUCUGGAUUCAUCUUAUCCUCAUGUUCCUCCUUUCCCCCCCCCUCCUACUGACACUGCUUCUCGACUGACGCCUACCCUCCCACCACUUCCCUCCACUGACAGUCCUCCUGUUACUUACUCCCCGACCAUCGCGGAGGAUGGGACUGUCGAGGCUCGUGGUGGGGAUUGCCCGAUCGCUUUCUACUCCCGUCAGCUACUGCCUGCCGAGAUAAACUACAUCGCCGAUGAACGUGAGGUUCUCAGAGUAGUUUAUGCUACCCGGCAUUGGCGUCAUUAUCUUCACGGGGCGCCCUUCACGGCCGUCGGCUCUGACACUGCAGCUAGUCCGGUCAGCUUCCGUGUGAAGCUACCUGAUUACCUUCGACAGGCUCGCUUACACGAUGUUUACCACGUCUCCUUGCUGCGUCCUUAUCGCAGACCGUCCGAGCGCUUCGCCGGACGCCCUUAUGAGCGCCCUCCACCUAUCAUGGUGGACGGUCACGAGGAGUUCGUUGUUUCCGACAUCGUAUCACGCCGAGUUACCGACGAUACCCCUCCACGCAUCGAGUACCUUGUGCGUUGGAAGGGUUACCCUGAUGAGGAGGCUACUUGCGAGCCCCUCGAGCACUUGCAGCACGCCAGGAUGUUGAUGCGUGCAUAUGAUCGUGCUCGUCGUGCUGAGACAUCUGCUUCUACUCAGCCGACUGACCCUCUUCCUCCUCCUCCGGAUGAGGAGAUUGCUGAGGACGAGCCCGCUCCCUCUGAGGCCGUUCCUCAGCCGCAGACGGUCGCCUCCGAGCGUCCACAGCGCACUCAUCGUCGCCGUUCGCGUUACGAUGAUUGACACUCUUAUCCUCCAUCGUUCCCCACUGAUUCACACCAUCAGGUACUCCAUCAUCAACUCUUCUUCAGGAUGUCAGCGUUUUGCGGCUCUGCUUCGACAUCG